CAGCUGGAAGCAGCGUGUAUCAGUAUCAGUGCUGCUGUGGGCUGCUGCUCUUUAAUGUGUAUGAUAGGAAGGUGUGCGGUUUGCUGCAGACUGCUCAGCCAGCCUGUGCAUUAGUUGCCUUGCUGAGUGAAGCCAGGAUGUUGUUCGAGUCUCGCUGGUAAAAUUAGCUCCCUUUCUCUCUGCUGCUUAACUGCUAAUGCCAAGAGCCAAAGAAAGAAGAAUCCUACGGAUCUAUGUUUUAAAAUCAUGAAUCAGUGUUCAGAGGUGACCUGUCAACAAUCUACUGAUCACAAAGGUUCGAAGAUGUCCUCUGCCUUGCAAAAACUUGAGAACUUGGCCGUAAGAAUAUUUAACAGGAGUAGUAGGGGCUCUCAACAGGACUUUGAGACAGGUUCAGAAAGUGAUAGCCGACAGGAGUCGGAGUACUGUUUAGCCUGGAACUUGCACAUGAAAGAUUUCUUAGAGAAAGCGAGAGAGGAGUUCUUAGAAAAAUGGGAGUCCCCACCGCAGAACACAGCAUGUCUGGAUGACUUUGAGAGAUCAAAAACACUGGGCACAGGGUCCUUUGGUAGAGUGAUGUUGGUGAAGCACAAAGUUACAAAUGAACACUAUGCGAUGAAGAUACUGGACAAACACAAGGUAGUCAAGCUGAAACAGAUUGAGCACACACUGAAUGAGAAAAAGAUUCUUCAGGCUGUCAGGUUCCCUUUUCUGGUGCGGCUAGUAUUCUCGUUCAAGGAUAACACUAAUUUGUAUAUGGUGAUGGAAUAUAUUCAAGGUGGAGAAAUGUUUUCACAUUUAAGGAGAAGCGGAAGGUUCAGUGAACCUCACUCCCGAUUUUAUGCAGCACAGAUUGUCCUCGCAUUUGAAUACCUCCAUUCACUAGACCUUGUCUACAGGGACCUGAAGCCUGAAAAUAUACUGAUUGAUCAGAAUGGAUACAUCCAGGUGACAGAUUUUGGAUUUGCCAAGAGGGUAAAGGGUAGAACUUGGACACUGUGUGGGACUCCCGAAUACCUGGCUCCUGAGAUCAUCCUCAGUAAGGGCUAUAACAAAGCUGUGGAUUGGUGGGCGUUAGGGGUCCUAAUCUAUGAAAUGUCUGCUGGAUAUCCUCCAUUUUUUGCAGACCAGCCAAUUCAGAUUUAUGAAAAAAUAGUCUCGGGGAAGGUGCGGUUUCCAUCUCAUUUCAGCUCUGACCUAAAAGAUCUGCUCCGGAACCUGUUGCAGGUUGAUCUGACCAAACGGUUUGGUAAUCUCCGAAACGGUGUCAAUGACAUCAAGAACCAUAAGUGGUUUGCCAACACAGACUGGCUAUCCAUCUACAAAAGAAAGGAGGAGCCUCCUUUUAAACCCAAGUUUAGAGGCCCCGGGGACACGAGUAACUUUGACGAGUAUGAAGAGGAGGCAAUCCGCAUAUCUCUCACAGAGAAAUAUUCAAAGGAAUUUGCUGAUUUCUAGAGAAGGGAAUGAGACAAAGCUGUAAAAUGACUGGGAAACUUGAUACACGGCUGGAAAGGAAAGGAGGCAGUGUUUGGAGGGGAGCCCAAACUGUUGUAUUUACUGAAAACUUUUGUGUUGAGUCUGUGCAUUCCACCAGGUGGAGUCCUACGUUGCCGUGACUUCGAAGGGCCUGGCCCUCUUUCCCUUACACAGACUGCUCCUGCAAAUCCUGAGGUUCUCCAGACAGUCACUAUUCCCAUUGACACACUAAACUUCUCAUUUUUUUGCCGCCUUCCAAUAAGCGUUUGUAUCUCAUUGUGCCUGAAUGUUAUAUAUGUUCUGUGUUUUAAAAGAUAUUUUACUUAUACAUUAAAGAACUUUAGUUUUCUUUUUUAAAAUGUAUUUCCGAGUGAAGGGACUACAUUUCCAUACCUGAUCUGACUGCAGAGUAACUAAAUUAGGAGCUUGAACUGUUUACUCACCUGUCUCACUCAUUCCAAGCAGCUACAGGGCUGGCAUGCACAGGUGUAUUGUUAACUGUGCACCAUCCCUGCAAUUGAUUCCCUGCACUCACUGAAGACUGGGAAAUGAUUAGCUUCUGUAUUGUUUUAGGAUCUCACAUUUAAGUAACGCGGAAUUAGAUGGAUGAUGUAGUACUAUUGUGUUCGCCACAGUACAUGCCAGCUCAAUUAUGUGGCUUUCACAUUUCUUCAGUAACCUCCAAGUUGAAGUGCUUGCUUUAUUUUAAGAUUCCACUGGUGGGGACAGACAGGCCCUUGGCAUUAUUUCAACAGAAUAGUGGAGUUCUCCACAGUGACACAGCCAAUGUUUAUGUUUCUGUACGGAUUACCUGACUAUCACAUUCCUGCUUGUGGGAACUUGCUUUGGGUAAAUUGGCUGCUAUGUUUAUUACAUUGCAACAUUACACUUCAAAAUAAAAGUAUUUCAUCAGCUGUAAAGCACUUUGGGACUUCCUGAGAUUGUCAAGAUUCUAUGGAAUUACAGGUUUUUUUUUAAACAAAGGGUAGAAUAAACAAUUUUGUAUCCUAGUACCAAACCCCCAUUUAACAUACAGAGCCCAGCAACAAAAGCCAUUUGGAAAUAUCAACACUGGCUCUUUCCCUCUCUCUCCUACCUCAAUGUCGCAAGACAAGGCAGCGAGAGCAAGAGCAGGAGGAGGCAGCCUGAGGUGGCCGGUGGUGAGAAUGAGAACAGGCAGCCUGGGGCAGCCAGUGGCAAGAGCUGAAGAAGGCAGCUCAUAACAGCCGGCGGGAGCAGGAACAGUCUGCAAGGCAGCGAGGGCAGGCAGUCCGGGGCAGUGGUGGAGUUGAGAUCGAGCCCUUGAUUUGUGCACGCCCAGCAUCGCGAGGUGCUUUUGGACUGUGGUGUUGAACUGUUCACUAUGUUUCUUUGUUUUUCCACUUUUUAGUAAGAAAGACUGUAAUGUUUAACUACUUAACUUUAUUUUCUUUAUUUUCCUGCUUUGUACCAAGAUUCUGUACAGGGGUAUCCUUUGUACCUAAGAUGGUGCUGUAAGUGGUGACUUGUAAACUUUUCACUGUACUCAUGUGAGUAAAUGUGAUAGUAAACCGAAUUAAAAACUAACUUUUUUAUUUUUGGGCCCAAGUGCCUGAUCCUCUUUCAGAGGA